UCACUCAGCACACCUUCUGUCACCGGAACAAGCAUCCAAUGAGGAAAAUGAACACACUGCUCCUUGUGAGCUUAUUUCUCCUCUACCUCCAAGAGGUUACGGGUCUGAGGUGUAAUACCUGCAUGUACACAGAAGGAUGGAAGUGUAUGGCAGGCCAAGGCACUUGCAUUGCAAAAGAAAAUGAGUUAUGUUCAACAACAGCCUAUUUCAGGGGAGAAAAACAUAUGUAUUCAACACAUAUGUGUAAGCAUAAGUGCCGGGAAGAGGAGUCCUACAAAAAAGACCUAUUGAGAGUGACACUGUGCUGUGACAAAAACUUCUGUAACGUCUUCUAAUGGAGCUUAUGAACUUGCAGAGGAUCAUCUGUUCAAGAUUCAGAAUCAAGACCAACCAACAUGAACUGUUUUAUUUCCUACACCAAAUUCCAUAUUAGCCUAAGAUCCCAGAGAGAGCUGCAGGGGUCGUGUCCUCAUUGCAAUGAAGGGGCUCCCCACACCAACCUCCACCAUUAGAUCCCUACAAUCAUGAGCAUUGAAACAAAAUCCUCCAUGAGCUGUGCUUACUUUUUUGUCUUUUACUCCUGAUUUCUGAUUUAUAUCCCUAUGGUAGGGUAAAUAA